AUGACUCUUCCGUCAUGGGCGCUGGACUAUCCUGUGCUGGAGGAACGCAAAUUCCCAAACCGGUAUUCCGGCGAUUACUUUCGAGACACCCUACCACCGGACUUAUAUGAACUCGAGCAAGCUGUGGUGGAUGGUGAUGUUUUCACCGUGCGAAAGCUAUUGCAGGCUGGUGUAAAUCCAAAUGCCCCUUUGGACAGCAACCACAUGACUGCCCUGAUGAUCUCAUCCAUGAUGGGCAAUUGGGAUCUUGUUCAAUUACUUGUUGAAGACUUCGAAGCCGACCUGGAUGGCCCACUGUCUCGCGCAGGACUACGCGCCAUCGACUAUGCUGGCUACGAGGGAUACAGGUUCCCCAAUGAGCAUCCAAUAUGUGAAUACUUGAAGAGCAAGGGCUCGCAACACACAUGGUGGGGAGCAUGUUGUGCAGGUGACUUUAACCGCGUCAAGGAGUACAUAGACAAUGGGCAGGAUGUCGACGAGAUAAAUCCGGUUCUGUGGAAUGGGAACGCCGUCUUCAUUGCCAAGGAGUUUGGGCAUAACAACAUCGCGCAGUACCUGCUCACGAAAGGAGGCACCGUCGUUGUCAGAAAUUGCCACACAAUCGAUACCCACGAGAUGAAAUGGUCAAUCGGCCGUGGUGACUGCUUCUUCUACAAGGCCUGCAAACUGGAGCGUCCAGGGGCAGGCGUUAUUGACAGCGCCUAUGUGCCGGAAUAUGAGUGA